AUGUCGAAGAGAAUAAUGUGUGAAGUAUUCUGUACUGCUGAGGACUUAGGAAUGGACAUCUUUUAUAGCGAUACGGACAGUAUGCAUCUCUACAAUGAAGAUAUCCCUCGUUUAGCUGAAGAGUUUGAGAAACGUUAUGGAAGAGUUCUCAUUGGUAAAAACCUUGGUCAAUUUCAUAGCGACUUUGCAGAAAUCACAAAAGAUAAACAAAGUUUAGCAUACAAGUCAAUAUUUUGUGGAAAGAAGACUUACAUAGACUUACUCACGAAUGAUUUAAAUGAAGUUGCAUUUCACUGCAGAAUGAAAGGCGUGAAGCAAGAUGUUAUUGCUUUAACCGCUAAUGAAAUGUUUCCUGACUCUGUUCAGUGUUUCUAUGAUGAAGAUAAAGGUUUAAUGGUUCCGCAAGGAAAAUUUGACAAAGACUCUGAGUUCAGUGUUAUGAAGUUAUAUAAAGCACUUUAUGACGGUCAAGAGAUUGCAUUCGACUUGUGUAAGUCUUCUAGUCCUUGCUUUGCUGAAAAGUUUAACUUUUCUAUUCAGACUAAGACUUCAUUCAUAAGAAAGCUUAAGUUCUGA